AUUGAGUCUCCACUCACAUCCGAUUAUAAAUAAUAUUAAAAUCGACGCGCGUACCGCGUAUCUACUGUUACUAUACCUACCUACUCAGAUUCCUUGUUUUCCACGUUAAUCUUUUAGAUAUAAAACAAAAAUAAAUAAAAUAUAAAAUUCAACCAAAGUAAGAAAAAAUAAAUUAAAUGUAUUUUGUCGCGACUCGGUGUCUGCCUUCACAAGAUAUAAUCUUGAGUCUUUUUCUUUUUGUUUUUUUUUUUUGAAUUGUGUGUAUUGAUUCGGCUUUAUAGUUUUUCAUAAACGAGAGAAGAAAAAGAAGCAAAAACAACAUACGAAACAUAGCAAAAAAAUAUUAUGGCCCGGAAAAUUAAUUGCGCAAACAAAAGUGAAAUACGAAAAUGAAUGGGAACAUCUGUUCUAUGGUUUGGGGGUAGUCUAUGUCUUCGUCUUUGUCGUCGUGGAAGUUGUAGCCGUAGUCGUCGGUGUGGAAGUUGGUCGUAUUUGUAGAGGGGUAGAAUGAAUGCAUUCUAAGAAUUUAAAGAUUCUUGUUUUGUAUCUACGUAACUUUUCCGCGUAUUUGAAUAUAAGAGAAAGCAAAUUAGAAAAAUGUGCCAUUUUCUUGCAAUCCAGUACACAUUUUUAACCAACUCAAUCGCCUGCGACAUUUUUACUAUCCAUAAAAUGCAAAGAAAUUCAAACAAAAAGAACAACCAACAGACCGAAUGAAAAUGUGUAAGAAAAUUAUAUAAAAACAGAAUCCAAAUCUAUAGUAAAAAAUCAUUCCGCUCGAAAAAAAAGAAGAAAAACCCAGAAAAUACACAAAGGAAGAAACCAAGAACACAGAAGAAAAGCUCACUAUUUACCCCCAAAUCAAUGCAAAGGGGGUUGAUUCUGCGAUGGCGCGCUCGUUUAGUUUGAACUUUCGCUCUGCUCUCAUUUGAGGUCAUCCGCAGAGCAUACCUACUAUUGAAAGAUAGACUAUCGUUAGAGGCAGAAGCGCUCCAGAAGCCCCAUAAGCGCGCACCAUCUCAGUACGAUGGUUGUUGUACUCGAAUUCGUCUUCGUAUCUAUUUACAACGAAUGAGAAGAAGCGUUUCAUUUUCAAAAUUGUCUCGCCGGGCUUUUCCGUGUUCCGUGUCGUUUGUGAGUUCUAUUAUACUUUCAUCCACUAAAGCCACAACUUUGGCAUGGUUUAGUUUUGCUAGGUAGUGUGUUUUAAAUUUUCCCGCCUCAUGAUGAUGAUGUUGAUUUCGAUUUCAAAAUACUAAACUGCUACUGGGGCACUGAUGUCAGAGGCAGUGGCAACGGCAACGGCAGCAACAGAGACAUAACUUCGAAAACGAAAACUUACCCCUAUAUUUAUAUAAAUGAGCAAAAAAGAGAGCAAAUCGGCAACCUAUACAGCAGGGUCCGUGAAAAAGGUUUUUCACUCCGUUUCGGUUUGUUGAGCGUGUCGGUCGACGACGCGAAAAUUUACGCAACCAGCAUAGUUAUAAAGUUUUGGAUUUAAAAGAAAAAAAAAUUACAAAUUGAUCCCGAGUGUUGCAUAGAAAAAAAAGCUAAUUUCUAAACCUAGGAACGAUAGAUAGAAAGAUAGAUAUUGUAUCUGUUGCAUAUUUUGAGAAAGUUUCGGUCUGUCAUCGUUUUGUUUUUUUGAAAAAUAAAAAGAAAAAUACAUAGUUUUGGAAAGUUUUGUUGGUGUAGUUUUGAAGAGAGAAGACGGUAGAAGAAAAAGCUUGCAAAUCAUAAAAUUUUAAAAUAUUUUAGCUCCUUUCGAAGAGCUGUGUGUGCAUUUGAAGUACUCGUAUAUAUAAUAUAUUUUAUACCCUGUGCAUCGUUCGAUAUUCGUUUUGAUACAAUACUAAAUAUACCUUCACAAAGUGUAAAACUUACCCUCUCACCACCUGCGUUGUCUUGUCUCACCGUCACUCGUUCAUCGUCGUCGUCGUACAUAAAUCGUAUCGAACGCAACAACCUGUCGCACACUGGUCAUCCAUCGCAUUGUUCAUAUAAUAAUUGCGGUUGCUUCGUUUCUGCACCUGGAUUUUAACGAUUUUUCUUCGUAACAUAUUUUUUGUUUUGAAAUUCAACAAAAGAAAUUAAAACAACAACAAAAAAAAUCACAAAAGAAAUAGUAUCUUUAGUACAGGCAAGUUUGUAGCGAGUUUUGUGCGAGAGUGUGUUUUGGGAAAUUUUAAUAAAAAAGGAAAUACAAGUUUUCUUUUGUGCGCCUCGUUCUUAUGCAUUUAUGAUUAUUUAUGAAAAAUUAAAAUAAAAGGUUUAAGUGUUUAGCUAAAAAUAAAUUUAAAAAAAAAAAUUAAAAGUCAAGUUCACUAUAUUGUGCGUAAUUUAUAAAUCUAGUUGUGUGCUAUAUUUAUAUAAAGUUAUAUCUUUCUACGAGAAUUUAAGCAGCAAAACAAAACAAAAUUAAAAAUGUCGUCGUCGAUUGAAAAUGAUAACAAUAUCGAAAGGAUGAAGGAGGAUGGUGCCAGCGGUGGAGCUGAGAAUACGAUGAAAAAUCGUCUCAGGAAGGGUGCCCUCAAGAAGAAGAAUGUCUUCAAUGUUAAGGAUCAUUGCUUUAUACCGAGAUUCUUUAAGCAGCCGACCUUCUGUUCGCAUUGCAAGGAUUUUAUAUGGGGUUUCGGCAAACAAGGAUUCCAGUGUCAAGUUUGUUCUUUUGUUGUGCACAAACGCUGUCAUGAAUAUGUUACAUUCGUAUGUCCUGGCAAAGAUAAAGGAAUCGAUUCCGAUUCACCAAAAACUCUACACCAUUUCGAACCAUUCACUUAUGCAGGACCCACAUUUUGUGACCACUGUGGCUCACUGCUGUAUGGUAUUUAUCAUCAGGGGCUUAAAUGUUCAGCAUGUGACAUGAACGUCCAUGCAAGAUGUAAGGAAAACGUACCAAGUUUAUGUGGAUGUGAUCACACAGAACGACGAGGGAGAAUUUUUCUACAGCUACACGUUAAAGGAAACACAUUAACAGUUGAGAUUAACGAAGGUGCUAACCUCAUUCCCAUGGAUCCAAAUGGCUUAAGUGACCCAUAUGUCAAAGUCAAACUUAUUCCGGAUGAACAUGAGAAAUCAAAGAAAAAAACACGGACCAUUAAAGCUUGUUUAAAUCCCGUGUGGCAUGAAACUAUCACCUAUGAACUUAAACCAGAAGACAAAGAUCGUCGUGUUCUUAUUGAGGUUUGGGAUUGGGAUAGAACAUCUAGGAAUGAUUUUAUGGGCUCGUUAUCCUUUGGCAUAUCAGAAGUUAUAAAGAAUCCCGCAAAUGGAUGGUUUAAAUUGCUCACACAGGAAGAAGGUGAAUUCUAUAAUGUUCCUUGUGCCGAUGCCACACAAGACUUGAUCAAACUCAAGAGCCAAAUGAGGAGAGCAUCACAAAAGAAGCCUCUUGUCAUGCGAAGUGAUACAAAUCCCACACAUAUUGCAUCUAAACGUGACAUGAUUCGAGCCUCGGAUUUCAAUUUUAUCAAAGUCUUGGGCAAAGGAUCUUUUGGAAAGGUUAUGCUUGCUGAACGAAAAGGAACAGAAGAAUUAUAUGCAAUUAAGAUUUUGAAAAAAGAUGUUAUAAUUCAGGACGAUGAUGUUGAGUGUACGAUGAUUGAGAAGCGCGUCCUGGCGUUGGGUGAAAAGCCGCCAUUCCUUGUACAGCUGCAUUCGUGCUUCCAAACUAUGGAUCGGCUAUUCUUUGUUAUGGAAUAUGUGAAUGGAGGUGAUUUGAUGUUUCAGAUUCAACAAUUUGGAAAAUUCAAGGAACCAGUUGCUGUAUUCUAUGCUGCAGAAAUCGCCGCAGGAUUGUUCUUUUUACACACAAAAGGGAUUUUGUAUCGUGAUUUAAAGUUGGACAAUGUCCUUUUGGACGCAGAUGGACAUGUCAAAAUCGCUGACUUCGGUAUGUGCAAAGAGGGUAUUGCUGGAGAUAAAACAACAAAGACGUUUUGUGGUACACCGGACUAUAUUGCCCCUGAGAUAAUCCUUUAUCAGCCCUAUGGCAAGUCAGUGGAUUGGUGGGCUUAUGGUGUAUUACUGUACGAGAUGCUUGUGGGGCAACCUCCAUUCGAUGGUGAAGACGAAGAGGAAUUGUUUGCUGCAAUUACAGACCAUAAUGUUUCGUAUCCUAAAAGCUUGAGCAAAGAAGCAAAAGAAGCUUGCAAAGGGUUCCUAACAAAACAGCCAUCAAAGCGACUUGGUUGUGGCUCAACUGGCGAAGAAGAUGUUCGUUUACAUCCAUUUUUCCGACGCAUAGAUUGGGAGAAAAUUGAAAAUCGUGAAGUACAACCACCGUUCAAACCAAAGAUCAAACAUCGCAAAGAUGUAUCAAAUUUCGAUAAGCAAUUUACAUCAGAGAAGACAGACUUAACACCAACUGACAAAGUAUUUAUGAUGAAUUUGGAUCAAACUGAAUUUGUUGGUUUCUCAUAUCUAAAUCCUGAAUAUGUGGCAACAGUAGCACGAGAAUGCAAUUAGGAUGACCAAAUAACGGAUUAAUUUACGUACGGUCAAUAUUAAGUACGUUUAUUCACGAAAACAAAAAUCAUUCCUUUAUUAUUAAAAAAAAAACAAAAAAUACUAUUAUCAAGAAAAAAUAAAUUUUAUUAUAAUUAUUAAAUGUUAUUUAUUUAAGUUUAAAAAGUGUUUAAUGAAUUAUUACAUUUUUUUUCUAAACUGUUAAAAUUUAUUAAAACACAUUUAUAUAAAAAAAAAGAUUAUAUGAAAGUUUAUGGGAAAACAAAACACUUAAUGAAGCAUGAUAUUAACAAUUUAAAACAAAAAAAUAAUAAAAAGGAUAUUAAACUUUAUCGUUUUCAUAAUAAUAAAAGAACGUCCUUGGUAUAAUUCGAAAAAAAAUGAAUAUAAAAAAUAUUAUUUACAUAAAUAUAUAAGAAUGCAUUUAAAUAAAAUAAAAUAUAGAACAAUUUUAAACAAAUACCUACAAACAAGAAAAAAAGAAAUUUAAGAAAAAAAGUUGAUAAAUUGUAAUUUUUUAGAAUAAAAACAAAACAAUAAAAGAUAACGUGAAACGCAUGAGAUAAAAUAAUGUAUUUAUAUAAUCCUUAUUACUUUAUAGCACAAUAAACAUAAUUUAAAUCGAUACAGAAGCAUCCACAAAAAAUGAUAAAAUUCAAUAGAUAACAUUUAAUCAUACAUAUAAUAAAAAACUGUCUUUGCAAAGAAAGAAAAUUGAUGCAUUUCAACAUAACCGAUUUCAAUGAAACAAACUCACAAACUCGAUAAUAAAAAAUAUUGAAAAAUUGUCUUUGGCAAUGAUUAUGGAAAAUACUAGUUCAAGUAGGAAACGCUAUAUCUUAAUGGAUUCUUUAAAUGAAUAUAUUAGCAAAUCACGUAAUUUAAAAAUGUGCUGAACUGUAAAACUUUAGAUAAUUUUUUAAAAUAAUAUAUCUUUCUUUUUGAUUAUCAAAAAAUGAUCUUUUUUCUUGAAUCUACGCACUGAAAAAGUGUUAAUUUUUUUAAGAUGUAAUGCUUUCAAAAAUUAAAAAACCUUAAAAUAUACAGUUCUUAAAAGUUUCGAAGUUUUUCAAAACAGACGAUGUUCUCAUUUAGGCUUUUUAUUGAGACGACUCAAAGAAAGCUAUCAUACGAGUCUUAAAACUGCACUUUUUAUUCCUUUUCGAUUGGUUUUGUGGAACAUUAAUUCCACAACAUGUUAUUAUGCUGACUUGGAUUUCUAAAAUCUGAUUUGGAAAAAGUGUAAUCCCUUUUUAAAAAAAUUGUUGUUUUUUUCCAAUACACAUAACACCUCUUAUUUUUGAGGAGAAUUUCAUUCCCACUCAAAAUUUGACCGACCUGUAAUUGUAGUAAACUUUUUAAACUGUCACAUUUCUAUCAGAAGACACUGACAGAAAAACAUAGAUAGUUUGAAGUUCCAUUUUUAUUUUAAAAUCCGAAAAUGGUUCUGAAAAGUAGAGAUAUUUUUAGCAUUAAAAUGAGAAUCUAAAGCAGAAACACUCACAAAUUUGAAUAUUACUUAAACGUCAAACUUGACACUUAUCAUAUUUCUAUCGGACUACUGGUGCGAAGUGAUUUUUGUUUUCAACUUUAAUUUUUAUUUUUAAAUGAAUACCAUGAAACGUUAUUUUCAAAGCUGGAGAAUACAAAAAAAAACAUCAGCGAGAGAUUUCGAGUUGUCAAAUAAAACCGGCAUUAAUUAAGAGUAAAAUUUUUGACAGCUGGCCAAUCAGAGACCAGAAACUUGCCUUAUUUUCAAAUCCCCUAAUGGCUGAAACACAAACACGCUUCAGCUUCGGCUUCGCCUGACGUUUACGAGUUCAGCAAUAGGAAUUCAAUGGCUGCGUUCAAUCUCAGACAGAUAGGGUAUCCGAAUACCUUUUUGUUAGAGUUUUACUUGUAAAAUAACAGCUGAUCAAAAACAGCUGAGAUGUCAAAAAAGUAAUCCAAAAGUAUCCAAGAAUUUGAGAAGUAUGUAAGUAUCUGACAGAACAGCUGAUUCAACACAUGGUUGAAUUUCAAGAAACGAAAAGAUAAACAAAAUGUUAAUUGAUGUUGUAUUUGAGAAUGUUCUGUACAUAAUAGACGAUGAACAAGCUAUUUGCCUCCGAAUUUUAGAGGGCAAUUAUGAUCCAUUUUUUUAAACUUAAAUGUUUCAUCUUACAACAAUUUUGACUUCGAAGUUUAAAUGUUUCUUCGCUUUUUGUGAACAGCUGAAAGUUGUUUUUAUUUUUUGACAGCUAUCUCAAUACAGCUAUCCAACUCAUUCAACAAGGUAUCUAAAAAUCCACCUAAGAUACUCUAUCCAACACGAGAUUUAACGCACGCUAUCACAAUGAAGCUUCGACCUCACGUUUCAUUUGACAAUCGUAAGGAAAAGAACGUAAUGUGACUCCAAACGGAAGCACUAAUUCAAAUUUGCUGAACAUUUGCUUUGUCUGACAGCUCAGCAGCUGUAAAAAAAGUAAACAAACAAAAUAUGUACUUUGGUUAUUAUAGGCUGUGUAAGCUACAACCGCGAUAGAUUCAAUUUUUUCGAUUUCAAAAUUUAUAUUUUUUUUAUUUUAAGAAAAAGUAACAGCUGCUAAUGACAGAAGCGCCAUUUUAGAAAUGUCAUUUUGGAAGUGUCAAUUAAAGCAACCUCAAAGCAGGCCCCAUGUAACACAGACGAAGCCGAAGCUGAAGAGUGUUUGUGUUUCAGCCAUAAGUCUCUUAAAAUCGCAUAAUGGUAGAAUAUUUCUUUUUUUCUUGGUAGAUCAAUUUAAAUAAAAUACAAAUAUUUUGAACACGAAAAUUUCACAAAUACACAACAAAUUCCAGAAAUUUAGAGUAAGGAGGUUUUUUAAAGGCCCGAAAUUAUAAUAUCUAUAAAAACAAAAUUCACAUAAUUUUAAUGACGAUGACCACUUUAAAGAUCGAACAGAAGGAAUAACAUUUCUAGAUCGUUAAAAUUAAGACACAAAAUUGAGAGUUGAUAAAUGAUGGCAAUUGAAAAUUGUUCAAUUGGACUAUUUUUUUCGUAUUUCCUCAGAUUGUAAGAGGCAUGUUUUGAUCCUUUUCAGCUUAAUUUCACUGCUAUUUUUCAUGCCAAAACCAUUGAAAUUUAUAUCGUGUUUACUUAUUUCUUUAGUUUUUUAAUGUUUCUUAUCUUCUGAACUUAAAUGAAAAGAACUAUUUGAUUUUUAGCAAGAAAUUGUAUCUUUUAAAUUAUAUCUUAUUUUAUGUUUUGUAUCUUCAUGUUUACGAAGUCUCUUUUCCAGAUAAUUUUUGUCCAUAUUAUCAUUUGUCUGUUAUUUAAAUCUACUAUGUGAUACUUUAAACAAUAUAAAAAUCUUUUUUAAGCUUAAAAUUUUUGAAAAUAAAAAAGAUUUUUGCUAACAAAAAUGACAAGAACAAAUUAAAACUUAUAUUGAAAAAAAAAUUCUUGUAAAUAAAAACAAAAAAAGAACAUAAUUUAUCUAUUAAAAAAAUUAAAACAAACAAAAUAUUUAAAGUUCAACAUUUUAUAUUAUUCUUAAUAAUUAAAUUAUAAAUAAUAAAUACAAACAAAUAUAAAAAUAGUUAAUUUAAAACGUUUAAAUUAGUAAUGACAGCCCCGACAUUACAAAAUAAAACGUUAUUAUAAAAACCAUUAUUUAUGACAUUUUAUAAAAAAAACAAAAAAUUAAAACUGUAAGAAAAGGAAACAGAUAUUUAAUAAAAUAAAAAAAUUAAUUUAAUUUAAAAAAGAAAAAAAACAAAAGCAAUUUUAUUUAAUAGAUUUAGUAAAAUAUUGAAUUUGAAAGAAAGAGUCUCAAUGUACCGUAUAUAAUAUACCAUUUAAUUCAAAGUGGCAACAAAUUCACACAAAUGAAUUUUGUCACUUUUUCUUAAAUUAAUUAAAAACAAAAUAUACAAAAACUUAAAAAAAAUAUAUAUAUAUAAUAUUAACUUAACAUUCGAAUCCCGACUAAAUAUUUAGCUACUUCGAUGAUUAUAGGCUUUAUAAUAAUUAUAAUAAUGACCAGAAAAUUAAAAUAUAUAAAGACAAAACCAAAUUAACCAAAGAAUAAAUUUAAGUUUUUUGAAGACAAUCUAUCCUAAGGACAUAAUAUCUACAUUAAGUAGGUAACAGAUAUAUGUAUAGAUGUUAAAAUGUGUAGUUAAAUUAUAAGAAUAAAAACAUUACCAGAAAUAUCAUUUUCGGGUAAAAAUAUUUGAAAAUUUGAAAACAAAAACUAUACAUCUCAAAUUCUCGAUCUCAAACCAUAUUACAAUUCGAAUUCUGUCAAAAAGUUUUGACUCAUUUUUAAAUCACAUAAAACGUGUAUAUUUUCAAAGCACUGUAUCAUGCUCCAAUUUCACAAUUUCCUCAAAGAAACAAAACAAAAAUUGAUCUUAUAACUUGUAUCUAUAAAUCAAAAAUGGUUCAUAAUAUGACAUGGACACGGGAUAGCCAAUAUUGAAAUAGAUUCACAGAAAAUUUUGAAAAUCUUAACUAUUUCUGGAGCACCUGAAGAACGAAAUGAAGAAAAUAUCAGUAAAAAAUCAACUAAAAAUGUUCGUAAAAUUCAUGAAAUGACGCUUGAUUUUUUAAACGAAUGUAUCAGCAAAUAUCUAUAAAAUACAAAACUAUCUACAUAAUACAUGUAAGUUAAACAGAUGCCUCAUCCUUAAAUUCUUUAAAACAACUUGUACUAUAUUAAAAUAAAUCUAUAAACAAAA